AUGACAUAUUAUGAGAAGCUUGAAAUCAUUCUACUGCCCUCCUUACGUUUCGUUCACGAGCAUUACAGUUUCUUAUGGCGUUUCUAUGCCCCCAGGGAGGAUUCCCUUUGGCAAGCUGCUAUCAAGAAUGCGAGUCCUAAUGAGGCGCUCACCAUAAUUAAGAGGUUAUUUAAACGACCCGAGGUCUGGGGACGACUCAAGACCACCAACAAAUUGAUCCGACAGGAAUUAAAACUUACACAAGACGCAUACAACAAAGCCAAUAGAAAAAAUACACAAAUCUUAGAUUGUUGGGAUGAAUGGUUUACGGGUCGUCUGGAUCGGGUAGUCGAGCAUGCUGUUAAAUGGCUCACAGAUACACUGAACGACAUGGACGGCGAAUGGACUGGAAAGAAGGGCAAGCUCAGGGCCUAG